AUGCAAAAGUUUUCCAGCAAGCCGAUAUUUGAAGGAUGGGGAGCGUCUGGGAGGCGUCUGCAGUGCGUCGACUGCCAUGCUGGCGGUGAGCCUGCCCGUGUCGUUUUGGGAGGAUUACCAGCAAUUCCCGGGCGCAGCAUGGUGGAGAAGCGGCUUCGCAUGAUGGAAUCGGACUUCGAUGCUUUUCGAAAGCUGCUGUUGUUGGAGCCCCGCGGGUAUCCAUGCCAGAAUGCCAACUUCGUGAUCCCACCAACGGGAUGUCACCCGACAGCCGCCUAUGGAGUUAUAAUUGCGGAGCAGGGACAUGUCUAUCCGGCUAUGAGCGGUCACAAUCUGAUGUGCGUCGCAACGGCUUUGCUAGAAGCCGGCAUGGUGCGAAUGUUUGAACCGAGCACAGACUUCGACUUGGAGACGCCGGCCGGCUUGGUCUCUGUGUCGGCUGACUGUAAACACGGGAAGGUCGUUCAGGUGACGCUCCGGAAUGUCGCAUCAUUCUGUAGACCAGAGGACAUGGACAUUGAGAUUGAUGUUCCAGAGCUUGGAAAAGUCACCUUGGAUGUUGCGUAUGGGGGCAUGUUCUAUGCCAUAGUGGAUGCCUCGACGUUGGGCCUGCAGCUGCUCUCAAAGCAUGGACGGGAAAUUUGCCGACUGGGCGAGAUGAUAAAAACGGCAUGCAGGGAGCAGCAUCCCGUCAAGCAUCCCGAGUUUGAUUAUCCCGGCUGCGACAUCCUUGUCUUCACGGAAAAUCAACGCAGUGGCACCACCCGCCUUUGCGGCAAGAAUGCGGUUGUGAUGUCCAAUGGCAGGUUGAGUUGGGACCGGCCGGAGACGUGGACGGGGAUGCUGGACAGAUCUCCCUGCGGCACCGGCACGUCUGCGGUCAUGGCCCAGCUUCAUGCCCGAUCGAUUUCCUUCCCUAGCGAGGUCAAGUCGAAGCAGAAGAGGUACUCGUAUCAAUACUUUGGAGCAGGCAGGGCGGAGGAGGACUUUGUGCAUGAGAGCAUCGUGGGAACUCACUUUACCGGCAGGGCAUGGAUCACACAAUACUGCGAUGUUGUUUGCGACCCCUCAGAUCCAUUUCCGGAAGGCUAUGUUGUUGGUGACAUAUGGCCGCCGGACAUCGAGGGCCCUGUGAGGAAGCGCCGUGCUGGCCGCUCAGGUGCUGCAUCUCUGCCGGCAAAACGUCGCCGCACAACGACAUCUACAUUGCGGUGGGCUUCGAGCUUGGCAUCGAAGAGGGCGGAUGCAGUGUCUGCCAGCGCAGCACCUGCUCCGACGUUCUCUUUUACUUCCCACGUACAUGGCAAGGUGCCCACGAACGAUGACGGUUUCAUGAUCAGGCUGGGCACCCAGGAUGGGUUCCGGGGAAGGUGGUACUGCGGUCGAAUCCUGGAUCCGUCGGAUAUCCCCGGUGCAAGUGAGCAAUGUGGCCCGGAAGGAGGGCCUCAAUGCCAUUCGUGUGCUCGGUAUCAAGCGACCUACGAGCCCGACCUGAAUGAUGACGGAUAUCCAGUCAAGCGCAGCUUGAACACGAAAUCCUGCUUCUUGUUCUAUUGUGGAAGGAGUGGCGUCGUAGCAGGUACGGGUGGCAAGUGCGCCGGCGAAGGGCCUCAGUGCCCCUCGUGCCAACGUUUGCAGCAGUCCUUCAAGGCCGGACAUGUAAAUGACGAAGGCUGCAUUGUCAUGCUGGGAACCACAAAAGGCUACACCGGAUUAUUCUACUGUGGCCGAGUGCUGGGCGUCCGAGUCAUUCCAGAUUCGGAUGGUAGAUGCGGUCCAUCAGACGGCCCACAGUGUCCUUCCUGCAAGCGCUAUCAGAAGAGCCAGCAGGUCGUGAUAGACGAAGAUGAGCCCAAACCCAGCGAGACGCCCCAUGCUCCGGCACCUCCGGAGGCACAGCGUCCAGUGCAAGCACCCCUUGCGAAGGUGAAGCGAGAACUUCCAGACCAGCAAACUGCUCCGCCUGCGCCGCCUGCACCGCCUGCGCCUGCAGAAGCUCCGAGAGCGAGAGCUGACACGCGCCCGACAUCGCAGGUCAAGGACAAGCCACAAGCUCCUGCAGAAGACAUGCGGCGCUCUGGCAAGGAACCGAACAAAGGCCGACAGAGCACCAGACAGGAGGCGGUGCCAGACCUUCCGCAGCCAAAGAGGAUCGUGUGUUCAGUUUGCGAACGUUCGGAUCAUCCAGACCGGAACUGA